AUGUCCUUCGGCGGUGGUUUUGGGGGCUUUGGCUCCACAAACAACAACAACCAAUCCAGCGGCGGCUUCGGUGGAUUUGGAGCAAGCAACAAUAACAACAACAGCACUGGCUUCGGCUCCAACGCGAAUACCGGCUCCAGCAUAUUCGGCGCCAACAACAACACCACCACGGGCAGCACCAUGUUUGGCGGCAGCAAUAACACCAACACGGGCUCUCCUUUUGGGGGCGGAGGUACGUGGAAAGCUUGCGCGUCGCACUCGCGUAGUAGUCGUUUAGGACUUUGGCGCUCAUCGACUUCGAUCUAUUCAAGCUCGCGCUAUACGGCAUCGCCGUCUUCACGAUCGAUGGCGGUUAUUCGCGGAUUUGGUACCAACACCACCAACAACACAGCCUUCGGCUCAAAACCCUUUGGAAGCUCCACAACAGGCGGCGGCCUCUUUGGCGGCGGGGCCACUGGUUCUUCUGGCAGCACAUUUGGUGGCUUCGGAGCUCAGAACACCACUGCCGCCCCAUCAGCGUUCGGUUCCAACACUGCUAACACUGGAGGCGGUAUGUUCGGCCAAAACAAGCCCUCCACCGGUUUCGGCGCAGCAUCAACGGGUGGCGGUUUGUUUGGAGGAGGCGGCACCGGCGGUGGAUUCGGCUCUACCAACGCGAAUACCACUACAGGUGGCUUUGGUGCUUCGACAGGCGGCUUUGGUGCAGGAGGCAACCCUCCGCCAAACAACGGGACUGCCAACACUCCAUUCCAGGCCUUCACCGAGAAGGAUGGCGCCUCCGCAACUGCCACGCAGCAGUACCAGACCAUCACCUUCCAACAGCCAUACCAGAACUACUCUCUUGAAGAGUUGAGGGUCGCCGACUAUAACCAGGGUCGACGAUACGGCAACCAAAAUGGACAGGCAGGUGCAUUCGGCCAGAGCACUGGAUUUGGAGGCUUUGGCAGCAAUGCUGCUGCCCCUGCUUCCACGGGCUUUGGCGCGAGCGCAAACGCAAACACCGGUGGUAGUCUCUUCGGUGGCGGCAAUGCCAAUACUACAUCAUCGUUUGGUCAGAACACUGGCUCAGCGUUUGGCGCUGGCAACACUAGCGGAGGUGGCCUCUUCGGUCAGAACAAGCCCGCAACCGGUGGUCUUUUCGGAGGUUCCAACACAAACACCACGACCGGCACAACGGGUGGCCUCUUUGGUGGCGGCUCAACAGCCAACACGACAGGAGGAUUCGGUACUGGUGGCGGUGGUGGCGGCUUCGGCGCAUCGACCACAGGUACUGGUGCUAGUGGUGGUCUUUUUGGCCAAAAUAAGCCCGCGACUGGAGGUCUAUUUGGUGGUUCCGGCACCACCAAUACCGCUUCGACACCCUUUGGUGGCACGACGAAUACGAACACGAAUGCGUUCGGUCAAGCGAAUACCGGUGGUGGACUCUUUGGGCAACAGAAUACCCAACCAUCGUCCACGCCUGCUUUCGGUGCAUCCAACACUACUACCAACACGGGCGGCGGCCUGUUCGGUGGCUCUACGGGUGGUUUUGGACAGAACACCCAGGCCCAGCCACAGAACACCACAUCUGGAGGUCUCUUCGGUGGUGGCUUCGGUCAGAAUAAUCAGCAAAAUCAGCAGAAACCUGGCGGUCUAUUCGGCAGCUCGACCACAGCUUCUACAGGAGGCGGCUUGUUUGGUCAGGCCAACCAGAACCAACAACCCCAGCAAACUGGCGGCUUGUUUGGAGGUUCCACUGCCAAUACCAACACUGGAGGUAGUCUUUUUGGCCAGAAGCCUGCCGCUACAGGCAACAGUCUCUUUGGCGGCAGCACUGCCAAUACAGGAGCGUCUGGCGGGGGCUUGUUCGGUAACCUUGGUGCCCAGAACCCACAGCAAAAUGCAAGUUCCGGUCUCUUUGGAGGCCAAAACAAUCAGCAAAAGCCAGGGGGUCUCUUUGGGGGUUCCACCAAUACCAACACCAGCGGUGGUCUUUUUGGUGCUAUGGGACAGCAGAACAACAACCAGUCUACAAUGGGUGGCUCCUUGUUCUCUAGCCAGAAUCCACAACAGCAGAAUCAGCAACCAAACAACAACAGCUUGUUUGGCGCCUCUGGAAGCUCCCUGUUGAAUACCUCUAUGGCUACCAACCCCUACGGUAAUGACGCUUUGUUUGCAGGACUUGCUACACCCACCCAGAGCCCUGGUCCAAUUGCCACCCCUCUAUCCAGCAGCCAGAAGAACAAGAAGAGCGCUAUUCUCCCACAGCACAAGCUCAACCCCUCUGCGUCUACACGUCUACUUACGCCACAGAACAAGCGGGGUGGUGGUGGUUAUGGAUUCACGUACUCAACCUACGGCACUCCCGCCAGUGCAUCGACCCAGAGCACCCCUGGCUUUGGGGGCAGCUUGUUUGCAGCCGGUGGCCUCUCCCGCUCUCUCGGAAAGAGUCUGUCUACAAGCAACCUCCGUAACAGCUUUACCCCCGAAACCAGCAUUCUGUCACCGGGCGCUUUCUCCACCAACGGACGUGGUUUUGGCAAUGGUAGCCUCAAGAAGCUCAACGUCAACCGAUCUAUCAAUACCCGGAUCCCGUUGUUUGACGAGCCAUCCCAGAAGCGUGUCAGCUUCGCUGGUGGUGAGAUGUCGAACGGUCACACCAACGGGGAAACUUCCUUGAUUGUCCGACAAGACGAGGAUGACACAUCUCCGAGGGCAACCAACGACGAUACUAGGAACGAGACCCCUCGCCCGCCACCCAUGCAACAAAUCAACGGCACUGAACUGGCUCGCGUUUCCGAGGACCAUGCGCUUACCCCAAGGUCAUCCUCAUCCGUCAACAUCCAGCCAGGACAGGAGCCCAAGCCUGGUUCUUAUUGGUCCAGCCCGGCUUUGGACCAACUAAAGAGCAUGAGCAAGCAGGAGCUCAAGAGCGUACCCAACUUCAUCGUCGGUCGCCACAACAUUGGCCAGAUCAACUUCCAUUAUGGCAAACCGGUCGACUUGUCGGAAGUCAAUCUCGACAAACUGUACGGUGACAUCGUACAACUCAAUCCCCGUAAUGCCACCGUGUAUGGAGAGACCUGUACCUGUCUACCAAAACCACCACUUGGUACGGCUCUUAACCAGCCCUCCGAGAUCGUACUCGGGAACUCCUGGCCUCGUAACAGGGCUGGCAAGAAGGACGUCAAGCAUCUCGAGCGUCUUAAGCGCGUGAACGGCACGACCUUCAUCAAGUACAAUCAGGCAAAUGGCGAGUGGACCUUCUCCGUGCCCCACUUCUCGUCUUACGGUCUUGAUUAUGAGAAUGACUAUAGCGAUGAGGAGGAUGAUGAGGAUGACUCAAGCGACCUUAGCGAUGUCCCGGACACACCAGCCCUACCGCAGCAUCGCUCGAGUCAGAUGACUAGCACUCCCCAAGAAGACUCGUUUGUUAGCCCUACUCAGUCUCAGUCUAGCCCUGACGACACUUUCGACUUCAAGAAAGGUAUGCGCGCCCGUGCCAAUGUGCCCGGUGGAUUUGGUGACGAGUCUGUCUAUGAAGAGGAUGUUGAGAUGAACCAUCGUGACAACUCUUUUUUAGGACAGCGCUCCGUGGGUUCGCUUGAUGGUCAGCAAGAUGUAGACUACUCUGAACAGAGCGAAUCGGAACUGGUGCAAGAUCAGGAUAUGGCGGAUUCUGUAUCUGGCCCAGUUCAUUCCACGGAGCAAACAGCCGCCAAGGAUGACCCUUUCAAGGCCACAUUGAAGCCAAAGUCCAUUCUCAAGGCCAGUCAACUUUUAAGGCCAGGUCUGGACACACCUUCGAAAGGCCAGCCCGUCUUCGAUGACAAUUGGGCAAACCAGCUCCAGCGCACGAUCAGCCCAAAGAAACAGGAUCGACAAGCCCUUCGCGAAAGUCAGGGCAACGUGCUUCGAGAACACGACGGAAACGCUACGAAUUUGUCGCAAUCAUUCGGCGGUGGACAACUUACCACGGCUAUGGAUUUGAUGGAAUCUCUUUUCGGCGAGACGGAGAAGCAGAAGCUUCCUAAGCGCGGUGGACAUGGUAUUGAGUUACCAUAUUCAAAGCGACCCAAGACCGCGUCCGAUCUCGACCAUCUCACCGGUUCCGACAGAGACUUUCACACCUGCAGCAAACCCCACUUUAGCGAAGCCAACGUUCUCAUAUAUGGCAACAAAGGCACCGCAACUCUCGAAAGCGGCAUAUUCCUUGCAGCGCAAGAACCACUCGUUGGCGCUACAAAGGAUACACGAUUCGCAAAGAUGCCAACCUUCACAGAUUCCACACCCGAGACUUUGACUAUACAGAAGCAGCACACUAAGAUAUUCACCACCGACGGCGUACCAUCAGCGAGGCUACAGACAGACCCUGCACCCGUGGAGUUCUCUGAUAUGGCGAGGGCUGUCACAAUCGACACCACGGAAGGCGCUCACGAACAGCAUAUCUGGCAAUUACUCUCCCUCCUCUACGACGAUGCCGACAAACUUCCAGACGGCGUUAGGAGCGAAGAAAAGGAGAUUGAUAAGAAAGAGAGGCUUUCCGAAUUUUGGAAACACCUCGUCUGGGAUGAUGCACAGAAGCAUGCCCAGCAAGCUACAUCGCUUGAGGAACGUGCUAUCAUGCAACUCAGCUGCAAUAACGUCGCUGACGCCUGUCAUGACCUUUUGGAGGGCCUGGAUCUUCGCCUUGCUACGAUGCUUGCCCAGAUCGGCGGUGAUGCGACGAUGCGUCAGAGCAUGGUCACCCAGAUUGAAGAGUGGCGGCGCCUCGAUGUCCUCUCUGAGAUGGAGGAUCCUCAUCCUGGUCGGGAGAACAAGGCCUCUACGUUCAACAUUUCAAGUCGCUUCGGUCUUGACUGGCGGCGUGCCUUCGGCCUACGCCUUUGGUACGGCAUCAUGGCCGAAGAGUCACUUGAACUGGCUGUGGCUCAAUUUGCAGAUGCCAUCAACUACGGCCAGGAGGACGUCAAACCUGUACCUUGGUUCGUGCAAGAAAAUUUGGAUAUGGGCUGGAACGACCCAAAGGCGGAGCACCGAGAAGACUUGCUGUGGGGUAUCCUGAAGCUAUAUGCUGCUCCAAAGAUGGAUCUUGCGGCCAACAUCGAGGAUGUUUUGGCUCCUGAAAAUGUCUCCGGGCAUCCUUUUAACGCACGUCUGUCGUUUCAGCUGUUCCAGCUCUUUAGGUCCCGCCAAGAAGACAAUAAUGAGGCGGACGAGCGGAGAGUAGCCAUGCCUACUGUUCGUGGUAAUAGCGAAGGAGACCAUCGGUCCUCGUUUCUUUCGUCGACGACUUCAUCUGUGGAAAAGGAGACGCAAGUAAAGAAUCCGCUCGUCGAGCUUGGUGAUAAGAUUACCCUCACAUAUGCGGCCUCGCUUCACACACUAGAGUACUGGACAACCGCUAUUUGGGUGUACACUCACCUCUCUUUGUCGGGAAUGCGCGAGCACUAUAUUCGCUCCCUUCUCAACCAGUUCUCCAGCACCUACUCUCUCGAAGACACAGAUAUCACUUACGCUUACCUAACCAACGAUUUGCAUGUUCCCACCACAUGGCUGCACGCUGCUGCUGCCCUCCAGGCAAAGACCGAAGGUGACGCUCUACGCCAGGCCACGCAUCUCAUCAAGGCUGAAGAGCUAGAUGAAGCGCAUGAAGUCCUCUGCCGUAUGGUCGGUCCGGACGCUAUCAUCUCGCGCGACUACGACCCUCUUCGGGAGCUCAUGGGUGGCUUUCUUCCUACGCCGACGAACAGCCCUGCUUCGUUCGCUUCGUCAACACGUACUGUUUCCGCGCGUCGGAGGGAGCCUGUUCAGGGCUGGGCACAGGGCGGUCAGAUCUAUCUCGACUACCUUGAACUCAUUGACCUAACGGGUCAGCGCUCGACGUUCCGCGUGGAUGAGGACCUGAACAACCGCAUCCAGGAGCUACUCGUUAAACUGCAGCGCGCACUCGAGAUUGCGGCGCGAGAUAGGCUUGAAGCUUGUGGUCUAGAGGAGCGUGUCGCGCUUAUGGAAAUCGCGGGUACUGUCGCCAACCUUGUGGCCAAGAACCAGCGCACCAAUCGCUCCAGCAUCCUCAAGCUCCCACUCACAGAAGACCUCUGGCUUAAACACUCGUGCGAUCUUAGCACAAACUACUACCGCAGUAUCAUGGCAACUGGCAGAUAG